GGCGCCGUACAACUUCUUGUGGCCUGCGUGUAGCGGUGCGUAGUCAGUCAUGUCGUGGUUCACUGACAGUCUGGCCAAGGGUCUCAGCGAUAACCUGGGAGCCAGUGGCAUCACUGCCAAUCUGUCCAACAACUUCACUAACCUCACAGGGCAACUGUCUGAGUUCACAAACAAUUUGCUCGAGGAAACCGACGACGGAGAAGGGGAGAUUCGCGCAUUCCCAGGACUUCGCCCGGAACCCAAAGGCAAUGUGGGGUUUGCAAGUUUGGAGGAUGAGUGCGCGUGGCGACAGGAGAUGAUGUAUCGAUACCACGAGGCGGCGAAGGAUCUGCAAGCUAAAUUAAGUCAUGGACGUCAAAGUCGCAAUGAUGACACAGAGGGCAGAUUCAUUGGUAACGACCGAGAUGGGGACGGUGAUGAGUCCGCCGAUGACUACGAUGCAGCAUCAUUCACCGACGGGAGUAGAACUCAACAUGCAAGCUCAGUGGAUGAGGCCCAAUACUAUCAGAUGCAACAAGAAAAGGAAAGGCUCGAAGAGACUCUGACAACAUUGAACGAGUCUCAUCAAGCAGAGAUGGCGCAGCUUAUGCAAGUCAUAUCGUCUUUGAAGGCGAAAAGCGAAGCUGCGCUAGUGAAGGUGGAGAAUUCAGCAUCCAAUAACGAUAUGCAGUCACUGAUAGAGGUGCUUCAAGAGAAGCUAGGCGAAGAGGAAUCUGCCCAUGAGCAGACACGCCGAGAUGCUCAAGCUGAGCUGGAUAUACAUGAUUCGCAGCUGCGCUCACAAAUCAACUCCUUGACGGAGGAGAUCAAUGCUCUCCAGAUCUCUAGCGUGGGGUCUAACGGUGACAAGCAAUCGCACGAAGCAGCUCAGUCCCAAAUUGAUGGACUCGUGGACACAAUACGAGCACAAAACGAAGUCAUCCUAGGUCACGAUAAACUUAUCUCUGAACGGGACGAAAUCAUGCGAGAACGCGAUAGAUUAAACCGUGACCUUGCCCACGCUCGCGCAUUAUGCAAGGCCGCCGAAGAGGAAGGAGACACUUUACGAGACGAUCUCACGAAAAUGCAAGAUGAAUAUGAAGCUAAGAUUGCAGCAAUGCCAUACGUAGAAGAAGACUCUGUCGGAGGGGCAAUUAAUGACGAUAUAAGCACUUACAAAGAGCAGAUGGUGCAGUGUGAAGCGGUGUUGAGGGACACCCAAGCCUCUUUGCAGCGAGCAAACGAGGAGGUCAGGAGCUUACGUGAGCAGCUCGCAUCGCUACAGAGUGCUCAUGACAGCCGUAUCGCCACGCUGAGCGGCGCUGAAACCAAUCAUGACCGCGUCCGCGCAGAGUUAGAGAAUUUGCAAAACGAGGUACAUGUUGCAAAUGCAAAAGCAAGUGCAUCUGAAGAGGCGAAUGCGCAGCUGGAGGCACAAAUUGCUGAAGCACAGGCAUCUGUUGAAGCUGGGGUGGAGGCUAGAGGCAAUCUGUUGGCAAAGAUUGCUGCCAUGGAAGCCGAUUUUGGCGUGUAUACCUCAGAACUUGAUAACGCGAAGGCAGAUAAAGAACGGCUACAAUCAGAGGUAGAAAAAGUACAAAAAGAAUUGAAUCAUGCAGAAGCUGAGAAGAUCGACCUGCGAUCGAGACUGACGCACCUUCGAACCGAUCUGGAAGGUAAACUCGCUGCUUUGAGCACUGCAAAUGCGGAGGCCAAAAGUCUCCACGACAAACAAGUAGCAGAUAGUGUGGCUAUUGCUGAUGCUCGGCGUGUAGAGUGUGAUAAUCUACGAACAGAACUUUUGGAAGCACAAAAUGUCGCCAUCAAAGCCACACACUCAGAAGUUGGUUCUCAGCAAUCACAGUUGGCAGAGAUGCAACCGGCCCAUAUGCAGCAGGAAUCGCUGCUUAGAGAUCCAGUAACCAAAUCAUGUGUUGCCUGUAGUGCAUCGGAUGAACAGUGCCAUAUGUUGCGUGCUGAGUUAGACUCCAUGUGGAAUCGAGCUACACACCUAGAAAAUGAUGUACUUUCCAUGCAAAAUAUGACCGCCGAAAUGAAAAAUAUCUACAAUGAAGCCAAACAAAGGAUAGCGGAACUGGAAAGUGAACAGAAAGAAUUUUCGAACGCACUACGCAACUCUGAGGCGAAUCGUGACAGUUUGCAUUUUGAGCUGGCGGAGGUACAGGCAGAACAUCAGCACAGCAUCGAAGCCUUGGCUAAAGCUAGAAUGGAAUAUGAGAAUCUGAAUGAGACGAGAAAUUCGCUGCAGACUGAAUUCCUGAGUCUUCGUACCGACUACGAAAAAUCAAUGGCAAGUUCAACCUCUAGCAAGGAACAUGCAGAUGCCCAAAGAGUUGCAUUAUCGACAGUUGUCGAGGAGUAUGAGAACAAGCUGGGUGCUAUGAGGAACGAACAAAUUGCUCUGGAGAAUUUACAUCAAAGUACCAUGGCUAAACUGCAAUCGGAGAUUGAUGCUAAAACAGCAGAAGUAGCAGUACACCAGGAAAGAUUGACUAAUCUUGAAAACGAGACGCAAACGAGCCAUACAACGACUAAAAAUAAUGAGGAGCAGCUGCAGGCGACGAUUCAGUCGUACGCCACGCAAGUUGCUGACUUACAGAAUAUCACGGACAAUCUCUCCGCGACGAUCGCUGACCAGCAGUCCCGUCUGGAGCAAAGCCAGCUCGAAAUGGAGAGGUUACAGGGUCUUUUGGUGCAGAAAGAACAAGAGUGUUUCGAUGCUGAACAAUUAAAGCACACGGAGGUCGCAGCUCUCACAGACUUGCUGUCUCAGAAAGAUGGAAUAAUACGGACACAGGAACAGCACGAGCGAGAAAGAUCAAAUGCCGAGGAAGGCACCCAAGCCAGCAUGUACAAUGAUGAGAUUGUUAGUUUACAAACAAUUAUACAAUCAAAGGAUGAUGCUUUGGUGGAAAUAUCGGAAAUACUAAAUUCGGUGCUCAGCAAGGAUGUCGAUGUUAGCAAUACAGACCAGAUCAAAAUGGAAUUAGCGGCGUUCAUUCAAAAUCUGGAAACAUCAAAUUAUCAAGCUGAAAUGAGACUGGGAGAAAUGGAGCAAAACAUGCAAAACAGAAUUGAUGGUAUAACACAGGCGAAGAACACAAUAGCCGAGCUGGAGCAGAAGCAAUCUACUUUACAGGCGGAAAAAUUGGAGAUGCAAGAACAUGCCCAAAUAGCGAGAAGGAGAAUCGACGAGUAUGAAGAAUUGACUUCAUCACUGAAACAGCAAGUGAUAGGUAUGAGCACCAAUAUUGCCGCAGAUGAGGCUGCACGCGACUACGUUGUCGAUCUGGAAGCGAAACUGAAAAAGAAGGAUGUGCAGGUACUUAGACUGCAGGAGCAUCUCAUGGAAAGGGAGGAUGCUCACACGAGCGAUGCAUUAGAAAGGGAAAAGGUCAUUGAAGAUCUCCAACAAAAAUUGAACAACAUCCAAGAGAGAGUCGCUGUUCAAAGUGAAGAAUCAUCAUCAUCAACUCAGCAUUUGGAGGCACAAGUGUUGGAACUCGCUGCUCAACUGGAAGUGGCUGUCAGCGAGAACAAUGCUCUGAAGGAACAGUUGCGUUCUAUUGAAGCAAGCCACAAACAGCUUGAAGGUUCCCUCAAGAAUUUGCGAUUGGUAAUUGCAUCCAAUGAAACGGAAAAGGAAGAAGAGCUAUCUUUAGCUACAGGGGGCCUAAAAAAGUCUAUUCGAACUUUGGAACUCGAACUUCGACAAUGCAAAGAAGAAAUUGCCAUGAAAGAAGACGAAGUAGCUAAGGGGCAAGCCGCCCUGGAGCAACUUCAGAUUGCACACCAUCAGCAUCAAGCGCGUGCCAGUGUCUCGCACACAGAGAGCCUAUCCGGAAACACUGAACAAUCUCUCGAAGAUGAGAACAUGAGUCUGCGGCUGAAUCUGGUGCAGUUGCAAGACCAGCUGGCAUCUUAUCAGGCAGAGCUGGCAAAAGGCUUGAUGUCAGCCGAGAGCGACGUAAUCGAUAAAGGUCUCAUGCGGAACUUCAUAGUUCAGUACGUCUCAUCUGGGAAAAGCAAAGACACUAUGCAAGUGAUGGCGAAUCUAUUGGAUUUCGACGCGAAGCAGAAAGAGCUGACCGGUCUUGGUCCACCUACUUCACUGGCCGGUAGAGGACUGAGUUACUUCGGGAGCUUCGUUAAUCCUGGACUAAUCUCUGCUCCUGAGCCGCGGAGGCCUUCAGAGGUCCCUAUACAGUCGUUCGCUGAAUCCUUCGUUGAUUAUCUGCUCGAGCAAAGUGCGCAAGUCGAGCGACAAGCGACAGCACCCCCCACAAGGAUAAAAACAGCCAACGGACCAAAUCACAGCUUAGAAUCCCGCCCACGGGGACAACCUCAGGGGCCAACAACUCAACAGCAACAAGGCAUGGGCAAUUCGGAGAAGCUCACUCACCUGCCUUCAAUCCCAACGGCGCGGCAAGAUGGUCCGGCUAGUCUUGAGCGAGUUAUGAGCAAACCUACGGACACUAAAUCAUAAAGUGAUGAUGCUAUAUUCGUGCUUCAAUCGAAC